GCAGGUUUUGUUUCCGGGAGAGUUUGGUGAUGUGGCUCUGCUUGGAAAUCCUUCCGAGGAGAUAUAGCUGAUAAAGAGAGCGCCAAAGGACCACCGGGAAGCGCUCAGACGGUGCCAUCCUUAUGUUCAGCCGCCUGGCUACAGUCCUCCAGGAGCUCUCUGGAGAGGAGGGUCAAGAUGGAGAAAUCACUCCUCAGCUUCCUGCCGAUGCAGACCAGACUCCAGGAGAGUCUGAAGUGCCCGAGGAGGCCAAUGAGCGUCUGGCCCACCUGGAACAGCUGGUGGUGCAGCUCAAGGAGCUCAUCCGUGACAAGGAUGCUCAGCUGGCUGGCAAAGAUUCACUUCUCAAGAAUGAAAGGGAGACGAGCGAGGCUCGCUUUAGUAAGCUCAAACUUCAGGCCAAAGCCAAGAUAGCUUCCCUCAGCAAGCAAAUUGAUGUUUUGAAGGGACAAGAAGGAACCAUUAGCCCCGACACCUCGUUUUCAAGAGAUGUGGCUGCGGAAGGCGACCAACAAGAGCUCCAAAGCAAACUCCACGAAGAAGAGGCCAACAGUAGCGAUCUGCGAACACGACUCCGGGCCGCCGAGAAGCUGCUGGAGGAGAAGGAUGCCGCCCACGCCGAUCACUUGAGGCACCUCCAGGAAGUGGUACGCGACAAGGAUGUACGCUUUCAGGAGCAGAUCCAGAAACACGAAGAAGAGCUGCUGAGAGCCACGGCGCCCGCGUCCAAUGAUGCCGAGCUGCAGCAGGCCCUCCACGCAUCCCAGCGGCGGUGUGAGGAGCUCGAGGAGGCCUUAAAAUCCCGCUCGCAAGUGCUGGAAAUGCUGCAGCAGGAAGUCACCUUCGCCGAUCAACAAAAACAGAUCCUGACCGCUCAGUUCCGGCAAAUGGAGGGGGAGCUGGCCGAAGCGGUCAAACAGAAGCAGGAGUGGGCCCAGCGCUCCGGCGAAGCUGAGGCCGCCCUCCGGGAAGCACUGGAGCGAGCCGAAGAGGAAACGGCCAAGCACGAGACGGAGCUCUCCUCGCUGAGCCAGGCGGCUAGCGACAACCUGGAAAAGGAGAGGAUCGAAGUUGCCAGACUGGAAAAAGAGAUUGCUUUGAUGAACGAGAACGCCCUGGCCUGCCGUGAAGCCAUGGAGGAAGACAAAUUGGAAAUAUCUCGCCUGGAACAGGAGCUCACAUCUACCAGAGAGGCCCGGUCAGAAGUCAUCCAGGCCGGCCAGAGCGACCUGGAAGAGACAAAAUCGCACGUAAACAAGCUGGAGCAAGAGGUGGCUUCUCUUCAAGCGGGACAGGAAGAGGCCUGGAAGAAGAGCGAGGUCUUGGCCCAAAUUUGGAGACAUCUACAACCGCUUUGCGACGCGUCGGAGGACGCCACGCUCCCAGAUGACCUUUCUCCUGUUCUGGACGCUGUGCUGACCAUUGAGACACAAAUGACGAAGCUGAAACAUGAUCACAAGGAAAGUGAGGAACGUUGUGUUGAAGUCACACACGCCAUGAAGGCUCUUCAAGAACAACUGGACAGAAGUAGCAGUGAGAAGGAGGACGCCGUUGCCAAGAUUCAGCAGCUGGAGCAGCAAAUUGAGCCGACUUCCGAAAGGGAUCCAAAGGAGCCACAAGCAGAUGUGUCCUCUGAAGCCGACAUAGCGACCGUCUCGGCGCUGGAGCGACAACUAUGGGAAAAAGAGAACGAGCUGAGCGUCCUGCGAACGGCUGAAGAGCAGAGCGCCGGCGAGGCGGUGUCACCUCGCAUUGUCCAUCAACCUCCAGUUCAGGCCCAAGCUGACGACAGCGGAGAUAAUUCCGCAAAGCCUCCUGACUCCCUGGACGACACCCAAGAAGAGGAAAGCACUUUGGUCACCGAGGACACGUCCGACCUCUCCGCGACCGUGAAGAACGAAAGCAGCCCUGAGCUCAUUGAGCAUCAAGAAUCCCCCGAGGAGUCCAAAGGGACUUCCUCUGACGAGAUGGUCACCAGCACCGAUUCUGAGGUGGCUCACAGCAGCUGGACCCUUCUGGAAGCCGUGAACCAGGACGGACGGCAGGAAUGGCCCUCGCUCAUGCAGGACUUUGGUCAGCUGCAGUCAUGGGAGGAAACCUCCACAGCUUCAGCGACGACCUCCUCCGUCGUGGAGGUUCACGUCACUCGGGAAGGCGCCUCCGCUGAAAAGGACCAAGCUGGCCUUUUUGCUCAGGCUCUGGCAGAAGAGCUCCAGAAAAGGUACAGUGAACUUCUGGCUGAGCUACAAACGCUCAAAGAGGCAGCUGCAGAGUCACAGGAGAUGAUCAAGAGUCUGGAAGAAGAAACACAAAGGCUUACCGCCGAGAAGGACGACGCGGCGUCUCGGGCCAGUAACUUUGAAGAAGAGCUCAAGUCUGCCAGAGAGGACCUACAACAUCUCUCCCAUCAGAGCAGCUGUGUGGCGGAGAAGCACAGCGCCGAAAUGGAUGCACUCUCCGGUGACAGCAAAGCCAAGGAGCAGAAGAUCCAGGCUGAUUUGGAAAUGGCUCGCCGAGCCUUAUCCGAGCAGGAGAAUCAGGUCCUGAUGUUGAGCACGCAGUUGGAGGACAAAGAGCUCCUAUCUUCUCAGCUGGAGAGGAAGCUUGAAGAUAUGGAGAGCAGCAUGUUGGAACAGUCGCAGAUGUCCGCUCUCGACAGCGAGUCUUUGUCGAAGAAGGACUCUGAAAUCUGUGAUCUGCAGCUCCGCCUCAGCCAGAAAGAGCGAGAGAUGAGCGAGCUGGACCAAAGCGUGUCGGCGAAACUCAGCCAGGCAGAAGAGGAGCGAGUCUCGGUCGACGGUGAAGUCAACAAACUGAAGGAGCAGCUGGCGGAGCUUCGGCAGUCACGAGAAGAGUCGUCCUCUCCGGAGAUGGACGUGGAAGUUGUGAAUUUACGCAGGUCCAAAGAGGACCUUGAAACCCAGCUGACAAACACAAAGAAGAAGUUGCAGGUCGUGCUCGUGCAACGGAAAGAGCUCAUGAAGAAGGUCGCCGAUCUGGAGACCAAGAAGGACGCAGAAAAAGAAGAACCCGCCGCAACCGAGGUUGAACAAUCUGUGGCGAUGGAGGCCAAACUGGAGGAGCUGGCGCAGACGUUGAGGUCCAAAGACGAAGCCAUCGAGAACCUUCGGUCCACCGUUACCCGGCAGGAGCAGCUUCUCGCGCAGAGCGAGGAGACUGCCGAACAGCAGGAUGACGUUUGCUCCGACAACACCUCGUUAAGAUCCCAAGUGGCCUCCUUGGAAACGGAAUGUGAAAGCCUGCAGAAGAAAGUCCUGGAUGCCCAAGAAUCACGCAAGGAGAGCAUCCGCAAAGCCAAAGAGAAAGACCGGCACUAUCGGGAUCAGCUCAAGCAGCAGAAGGAGGACUACUCUCAACUCAUGGGACGCUUCGAGCGGCAGAGCGGCGAGCGGGAUCUUCUUCUCGCCAAAGUUCGGCAACUAGAAGAUCAAACGAGCCCUCGUGGAGAGCAGAGCGAGGAGCUGCUGGCAAAGAUGGAGAAGAGCUCCGCUAACGAUUGGGUCCAAGAAGACUGGGUGGAUUUUGCAGCAUCUGAGAGUGACUCAGCGCAGCAUAAAGCUGAUCUUCAGGAGGAGCAACCUUCUGAGGUUGGCUCUGCUCAAGCGGAGGAACCCUUGGAAGCUCUCAAGGAAGAGAUCCACACUAUGCGGAUGGCCAACUUGGCACUGGAGAGCAAGCUUCAGGAAGCUCAGAGCCAUCUGUCCCAGAAGGAGCUUGAACUGCGAGAAGUUAGCGAGGAGCUACGAGCCCUACGAGAAAACGAAAGACAGAUCGAAGCCCUCUCCCGUGAGAUUCAAGAUCUCCGAGAAAAGCACCGGCAAGCCGAGCUUUGCGCAGAGGCCUUGAAAGCGGAAAUGGAAGCCGCCACCGUCGCGGCAUCUUCUCAGUCCGCCGGCUCCAUUGCCGCUCUUCAAGCCGAAGUGGAGGAUUUCAAAGCGUUCCUGGACUUUAAGAACGGCGAGAUCACCGAGCUAAGCCAGCAGCUGGCCGAUCAAAACGCCCUCAUCCUCUCCAUGCAGGACGCCGUGGGCCAGAAGGAUCAACUCAUAGCCUCCUUAGAGGAGGCGCUCAAGGUGGAACAGGAGAAAAAUGACAAGUUGGAGGGUGAGGCUCCGCAGAGGCACGAGGAGCAGGACAGCGAAGCCAAGCUCCAGCAGCUUCAGCGCAAGCUUCAGGCAGCCCUCAUCUCUCGCAAGGAAGUGCUGAAGGAGAACAAGACCCAGAAGGAACAGCUGACUUCCAGUGAGACCCUCAUUGUUGAGCUGCAGCAGAAGAUGCAGGCCACGCAGGAGGAGCUGGAGAAGCUCCGAGAAGAGCGCAGCAGGCUCAUAGAUGAGGUGGACCGCAUGUUGUUAGAAAACCAAAGCUUGGGCUCGUCCUGCGAGAGCCUCAAGCUGGCGAUGGACGCCAUAGCGAGCGAGAAGGACGUAUGUCGGAGAGAAGGCGAGCUGGCCAAAGAGGAGGCGGCCAGGAUGUGCAAGGAAUGGGAGGAGAAGGUCAACGGCAUGAAGGACGAGUACGAAACCCUGCUGCGUUCCUACGAAAACGUCAGCGACGAGGCGGAGCGCGUCAGGCGAGUCCUGGAGGCCGCCAGGCAGGAGAGGCAGGAGCUCGCCGCCAAGUUGAGGUCCAACGAGGCCUCCAAGCAGGAAGCCCAAACGCAGGCCGAGGAGGCUCGCAAAGAAGUGGAGGCGGUCAAAGACAAAAUGAGGAAGUUUGUCAAAGCAAAGCAGCAGAAGAUCCUGGAGUUGGAGGAGGAGACGGAGAGGCUUCGCGAGGGCCAGGAAAAAGGGCCGGACCACGCCGAGCUGAGCCGACUUGGGGAGGAACUCCGGACUUUGAAAGCGGAGCUGGAGGCGACGGUGGCAGAAAGAGACGCUUUAACGCAGCAGAUUGAACAAUUGGAGCAAAAGCAGACUGCUCAGACAGAAAUUGCCGAGCCCAAAGAAACCCCAGAAGACCACACAAGUUCUGAGUCAGCUCGAGAUGUUGCUUCAGAACCUGCGAGGGAGAAGCUUUCAUUCCAGGAGAAAAUAAACCAGACGGAGCUUGCUCUCGAUUCGGAAAGGUGGCAGGAGAAGGAGGCGGAACUCAAGGUUGAACUUGCCUCGCUUGAACGGAAUCUCCAGGAGAGCAACGAAAAGGCGAGUCUGGCCGCCUCCCUGGAAGAGCGUCUGCAGGAGGGCAAAGAGCGAGAAAAGUCUCUCAUCCGGGAGAGUGCCCAACGGGAGCUCCAGUUCAAGGAACUCCUUCAGAAUUUGGAAAGCGAGAAGGACAACUUGGAGGAACGUCUGAUGAACCAGCUGGCCCAACUCAACGGCAGCAUCGCCGGGUACCAGCAAGAGGCUUCCGAGCAGCGCCGGCGCCUGGAUGAAGUGACGCGAGAGGCGGCGAAGCUGGAGAAGGAGCGAGACGACCUGGAAGCCGAGGCCCGGGCGCAGACGGACCGAGCGGCCCGGCUGGAAGAAGACACGAGGCAAGCCCAGAGGCGGCGGGACGAAGCCGAAGCGGAGACGGGCAAGCGGAGGGAGCUGGAGCAGCAGCUGAGGUCGGCCCAGCGGGUCAAAGAAGGCAGCCAGAGUCGAGCACGGCAGCUCGAGGAACUCCUGAGGGAGAAGCAGCUGGAGGUCCGGCAGCUUCAGAAGGAUUGCAUCCAGUAUCAAGAGCGCAUCAGCGAGCUGGAAGUGGAGGGCAAGUCCCUGCAGCUGGGCCACGAGGAGCUCGCCGAGAACCUUCAACGCUCCCACCGGGAGACUUCCGAGAAGCUGGAGGAGCUCAAGAGGACUGAAGCGGAAUUGGCCGACUGUAAGUCGGUCUUGAGCGAAGCGGAAGAGCAGCUCGGCAAAGUCACGCUUGAGAGAACGACGUUGGAGAAGACCAUGCUACAAAAGGAAGCUCUUUGGAAAGCCGAAGCGGAGCAAACUCUGGAUUCCGUCAGGUUCCGAUUAGGAGGCGAGCUGAAGGAGAUGGAGCUGAGACUGGACGAGGCUUACGGCGAGCGGGACAAAGAAGAAGAAGCCACGUCGGAGGCCAGAGUUGCGGCCGAGGCGGCCGAAAGACGAGCGCAGGAGAUGCAGGCCCGUCUGGAUGAGGCUCUGGCCCGUCUCGCCGCCUUCUCGCGCUGCAUGUCGUCGCUGCAGGACGACCGGGACAGAGUUGUGGACGAGGCCCGGCAGUGGGAGACGCGCUUUAACGACGCUCUGCUCGGCAAGGACGCCGAGAUUCGGGAGGCGGAGAGCAAAGCCAAGGAGCUGGCGGAGAACCUCGGCAAAGAAUCGGCUCUCAAAGAAGACCUCCGGCUCAAAGUGGACAGGUUAGAAAAAGCCGACGAGGAGCGGCGGGUGAAAUUAGAUGAGGCGGAGGAGAAGUGGAACGCCAGCCGAGCCGAGGCGGAGAAGGAGCACGCCGAGGUCCUGCGAACCGCCGCCGAGUUGCAGUCGGCGCAAAACCAAGCGCGGCUGCUGGGGGCCGAGGCGGAAAGUCACAAGCAGAGGCUCCGCGCUCUCGAAGAGGCGGCGGCUCGACUGCAGGAGGACCUCGGCGGCGCCCGGGCCGAGCUGCGGGAGAGGGAGGCGGACGCGCGGCGUCUCGGCCUGACCUUGGAGCAGAUGGAGGCGGACCUGCACGCCUCCAAGGCCUCGACGGAGAACCUGCAGGUGGCGCUACACGAGAAGGAGAAGAGGGAAGUGGAAAUGUUGGAUGAGAAGGAGCAAGCUGUCGCUCAGGCCGCCGAGGAGGCUCGCAAGGAGGCGGACGGCAGGGCGCGCCGCGCCGAGGAAGAACUGGAGCGCAGACGAGAAGAACUGCGAGACCUGGAGGAGAAACUGAGACUGGCCGAGGAGAAGAGCGACGUCAGUCGAGCCAAGCUGGACUCCUUCACGAAGGCCAUGGGGUCCUUGCAGGAUGACAGGGACCGAGUGCUCGGCAUGUACAAGCGGCUGGAGGAGAAGCACGUCCAGGUGCUGGUGGACAAGGACGCCCUGAUCCAGGAGGCGGCGAGCGAGAGCAACAGUCUGAAGGAGGAGCUGCGCUCGCUGCUCGUCCAGAGGGACGACUUGUACGCCGAGAAGGCCAAACUGUCGGCUCAGCUCCACGGCUACAGGGACGAACUCAAGCAGGUUCUCAGCAUGAAGGACUCUCAGCACAAACAACUCCUCGCCGCCCAGCGGGAUCGCAUCGCCUCCUUGGAGAAGGAGCGAGCUGACUUGGCGGACGCCUUGAAGAAGGCCGGUGAGUCGGAAGCGGUCAAAGUGGAGCGGGUGACGCCGUUGCAAGCCGUCCACGCCGGGGCCGAGGUGGAGAAGUUAAGGGAGCAGCUGGAGGCUGCCCGAGAGCAAGUGAAAGCUCUGGAGGAGAACCUUCUCCAGGAGAGGGAGACGCACCAGAGGGAGACCAAAGAACUCUCAGAGCUGCGCUGGGAGGGAGGCCUGAUGCGUACAGAGUCCGAGAGCGCUCAAGAGAGGGUGGCCGAGCUGGCCCGAGACCUGCUGGCCGUGGAACAGAAGCUGCUGGCGGAGAAGGAACUGGCGGAGCAACUGAGGGCGGAGAACCAGUCGUUCGGCAAGGCCAUGGCCUCCCUCCAGGACAGCAAGGACCAGGCGGAACACAAAGCCCGACAGCUGGGCCUCAAGCUGGAUGAGGUGCUGGCCAACGUCGCGAGCCCCGCUUCAGGCUCCACCGGAGAGGUGUGGAGCCUGAAGAACGCCCUGCAAGCUCUACAGAACGACCGCGAGAGACUGCUCGAGCAGCUUCGGGCCCAGACGACGGAGCUGAAGAGCAACAAGUCGGAGCUGGCUCGUCUGGGAGCGGGAGAGCUGAUCAAAGUCAGCCAAGAGCUCUUUGAGGAGAAGAACAAGAACGCGCACUUAGCCGGCGUCAUUGCGGAGAUGGAGAACACGGCGGCCACCUCCAAGCAGGAAAUGGAGACGAUCAGACUGGAACGCGUGGACUGGAUGGCCCAAGCCGAGCAGCUGAAGCAGCAGACGCUCAGCGCGUUGUCCGAGCGAGACCAGCAGCUGAGGCAGCUCGCCGCCAUGCUGGAGGAGGCCCGCGCGCACACGCCCAAACGCCAAAAGGAACACCCCUCAUUUACUUCCUCUCAGACCUCUCAGGACAUGGACAGUGCUCCAGGUGCUCCUCAGGAGAAGAGCAGCCUGCAGGAGGUGCACGCCUCCCGGGCCGAGCUUUCGCAGCUGCAGCAGAGACUCGACGAAGAGACGCAGCAGAGGCUAGCGGCCGAGGAGCAGCUCAUGGAAGCGCAGGAUCGACUCAGGCGCCAAUCGAAAUGGGAGGAUCAAUCGGAGACGGCCGUUUUCAUCGAGCCGCCCGAAGGCAGCGGCGCGCGAGUGAGUGGAAGCCGCCGAGGCGCCACCCCCAGCUUGCUGCGGGCGCUUCGCUCGGGCACGUGCUGGCGCCGCCGCACUCCGCUGCUGCUGGGCGUCUACCUGCUAAGCGUGCAUGUGCUCCUGCUGCUGUGCAUGGGCGGCUUCCUGUGACAUCAUAAAAGGGUUUCCGCACACAAACAUUGCACUUUACGUAGACUUCGAUCCACAAACACACACACACACGUUUGCCAAUUUAUUAGGAUCCACAAGCCCGACUCAUCUGAGACUUUUAAUAACUGCCAGCGUCCGGAUGCGGCGCACGCUUGGUGUGCCUAAUACAUUGGCUAGGGAAUGAGGUCAUUUUGAGGGAGGCUGCUGUUAGUUUUAACGGAGAGGACACAAAGGGAAAAAAUGUCAGGCGUGGAAAUGCAAAUAAUUGUCUACAUAUUUAUAUAUCCAAAGUGGCUGUUAGGUUCAUGUUGUGCAGGUUGUCUUCCGCACACUUUCUGUUAUUACAAAAAUGAUUAUGGUGCAAUGACCAAUAAUUCCCUUCUACAUUCCCCUCAUUGUUUGGAUGGAUGGAUGGUUCCGGCUUCUUUCUUUCCUGCUUUCAUCAUUCCUGUAGGAGGUGUAGACUGUAUGUAACCGUUUCAAAGGGCUGCAGGGAAAGGUGUUUUUCUGUUACUGAACUACUAGGAUGUCCCAUUUUGCAAGGGAGGGUAGGUGGUGUAAGGUAUCCAUCCUUGUUGUUUUUCCUGACAUAUUCACAAGUUUUGAAUAAAAUGAUAUUUUUAGUGGGAACUG